AUGUCUCUGUUUCCGAUACUGACUUUGCAAUCACCAUCGUCACGACCGCCGGUAUCGUUGCUAGUUGAGCAGGAAAACCAACAUCAAAAUGACCAACAUGAUACUUUUCAGCUGCAUCAGCAAAAGGCGCAGAAAAGACCAUAUUCAAGACAAGGGUGUCGCGAGUGUAAACGACGAAAGAUCAAAUGUCCCGAAGAAAAACCAUUCUGCUCCACUUGUGUUAGAUUAGGCAAAACGUGUUCAUACCCCUUAGCAGGAGAGAAAGUUUUGCGCAUUUCAAGAAGACUAAUGCGUGAAGAAAUCGAAAAUUUGAGCAAAUCCGGCAAUGAUGGUAGUGCUACCACCAUCACGACGCAUUUCUUACCUGUUCAAUAUGAUGUACCGAAACGAAUCAAACAGCAUAAUGGUAGAGAAGAGCACAAACAGCAGAAUCAGCAGCAGAACCAGCAGAAUCAGCAGAAUCAGAUGAAACAACAGCAAUACCCGCAGCCGGAGAAACGCCAAACUAUGGCCGCAACCACAACUCUUACACCAGAAUCAGAACUGAUGACUCCACUGCAUCUACAGCAAAAGCGAUCUUUGUUGAAUAUCGAAAACUUAAUUAAUAGUAAUAAUAAUAGUAAUAAUAAUAAUAAUAAUAAUAACAAAAGGACCAAAAAUGAUAAGAGCAAGAACAAUAGUAUUUCAGCCACAACACCAAAUGACCAUUUUGAUUUUUUCAAUGGGACAGAUUUAAGCAUUCUAACGACCGACUUGUCGAAUCUUGUUAAUGAAAUUAUGGAGUUUUCUAAUGUACAGUCGUUUCAAGACGAUUAUCAGUUUGAUCUUUUUGAUAAUUCUCCUUUUGCACACCAAUCACCAUUGGAACAACAUCAGCAGCUGCAACAACAAGAACAACAAGAACACCAACACCAACACCAACAUUAUCAUCAACAUCACCACCAUCAACAACAACAAGAACAACAACUACAGCAGCAGCAGCAGCAGCUGCUGCUGCUGCUGCAACUGCAACUGGAGCAGUACUCUGCAACUCACAAUGAUGAUGAGCACAUUGCCAAUUUACCAUUAAACUAUAUAAAACUUAAACGUAAACAUGAAGUGCUUUACCUUGAACAAUUUUACAAUAAUUUCGCCAAUAUAAUUGAACCGUUUGACGCGUAUCAUCGUCAAACUAAAUCCACUUCCAAACCCGCAAGAGACAUGAUUUUGAAAACUGCAAGUACUGAGCCUUUUUUACUUUGUGCUGUAUUAGCAGAAGGGGCAAAGACAAGUUAUAUGAAGUAUAAACAACCUGAGGAUGAGAAGGCGUAUGGUGCCUAUUUGUCAAGAUGUUUGAAAUUGUUAGAACUAGCGACGAAACGAGGGGAAGUAGACAAUUUAAAUGCCAAUAUUGAAGCUGUUUUGUUGACUUUGUUGUUAUUGACUGCUGCUACUGCCACCAGUACUCAACAAUGGCGACCUCAUUUAACUGGGUGUAAGGAUUUAUUGUUGAAGAUAUCUACUCAAAGUGGUGGUGGUGGUGGUAGCGGCAGUAGCGGCAGCGGUGAUGGUUGUACCACAAAAGUUUCAAAAAUAUUGGUGUUUUGCAAAUAUUGGUUCUUAUCGAUUGAGAUCUUGGCAGGGUUGAGUACUAAUCUUGGCGGUACUUUACAAACAGAUAUGGAAAUUGAUCAAUUGAUUUCUGCAGGCAACGACUAUGAGAUUCUGGUAUUGAAAGAAAUGGAUAUAAUCACAGAUCAGGGGUUCAAUAUAAUCAUGGGAUUUCAUAAUUCUGGUAUAUCAAUUUUUAGAGAUUUACUUAAAUUGUUGAAUAAAUAUAGACAAAACGGCGAUGCAAUGAUUGAACCCAUGCAAAACAUGAAGAUUCUUGCCGAGUUUUAUAAACAGAGUGAGAUUGUUUUCCUUGAUUCCAGAGGGGUUAUACCUGAAUCUCAACUACACAAUAAAUACACGAUAGGCUUACCCAUCGAAGAGAUUCGUAUUGGAGAAGAGAGCUUUUGGUUGAGUUGGCAAGAUAUUCUGCAUCAAUCAUUUAUUCUCAGUUCAAUCAUAAUGAUUUUAACGAGGUUUUUCCACUUGACCUCUACAAACCCUAAUAUUAGUAUUAUUGUGGACAAAUGUGUUCUGUUUAUACAUUAUCUACAUCAGUUCUCCGAUGUCCAACAGCACGCCUCGCCCUUUUUACUAUUGAUGAUACAAUGGCCGUUACUUGUUACUGGGUUGGAAAGUACCAAGAAAGAGCAGCAAGAAUUAUUGUUGAAAUAUUUUGCAAUGAUUGGACAAAUAGGUGCCGCCACCUCUAAUGUUUCAGUUCAAAUGUUGCAAAGACAAUGGAAGAAGGAAAUUACCGGCAGGAAAAGAGCAUCUGACUUGAAUCAGGAUACUCUAAUCUACUAG